UAGAAAUCUUAAGAGUCACGAUAUCAUCUAUAACAACGCCGAUCUUGCUAAAGUCCGUUGUGUAACGUUCACGAGAGAAUCAGUCGCAAUCAGUCGUGAAGAAGACGUUCGAGAGUGUGAACACAUUUUUUUUCUAAUCAAGAGUGAAAAGAAUCAAUAGAAAACAUGCCUCGACGAGGACGAGCUUCAGGUCCACCACCUAGGACUGUCAGGCCAGCAGCUGCACCUGCCAGAGCUGCACCACCUCCAGCGCAGCCUCCAGCGACAACUGCGCCGGCUGCAUCUACACCCAUGGUGGCCCAACCUCAAGGACCAUCUCUUAUGGGACAAAUGGCUGCUACUGCUGGUGGUGUUGCCAUUGGAUCGGCUGUUGGACACACUAUUGGCCAUGCUAUGACAGGACUUUUCAGUGGAGGUUCCAGUGAAGCUGCAGCUCCUGCUGUGCAAGGUGCCCCUGCUCAGCAGUCUGCUGUAGGUGCACCUGCACAGCCUACUGGAGCAUGUGCUUGGGAAGUUAAGCAGUUCUUGGAAUGUGCCCAGAACCAAAGUGACCUCACUCUCUGCGAGGGCUUCAAUGAGGCUCUUCGUCAAUGCAAAGUUGCCAACCAUAUAUAAAUGCGACGUGAACUUCGCAAAAUUAGAUGUGUCAACCUGAAGAGCAUGAAAAUUAAGGAAUAAACUGUUCCUGUUCGUGCGUCAUUUGAAACCUUAGGAAAGUUAACAUCCAAG